AUGUUGCGGAGAUUCUCCACUACUUUCAAGAAGUCAAAGGGCGACCGUGAGCCCAAGCAGAACCAGAAUGGCGCGCAAGUAAAUGGCACCAAGCGCCAGUCGAAGAUGUCAUCAUCGCCCAUUUCUUCGUCCGACGAAGACCAGAGCGAAACACUGGAAGAUGGCGUGUCUGUUUUUGACAAGUAUGCCCAGGUGCUUCAUGCUUCGCGACGCCCUCUGCCGAAUCAGACUGGCGAUGGCACCUAUCUUGAAAAGGAGCAGUCGGGAAGUCUUUUCCAAGAUGUUCGCGCUCUGGGCUUUCGGGAUGUUGGGACCGUGCGAGACAUCGUGAAAACGAAGGCCAAGGGAGAGCACACCGACGAUAAGACGAUGCUGAUGGAGCGCAUUAUUCAACUCGUCGCUGGUCUUCCAGGAAACUCGAAAGUUCGGACCGACCUUACCAAUGCUUUCUUGGAUCAGCUAUGGGGUUCCUUGCCUCAUCCUCCGCUGUCGUUCAUGGGAAACGAGUAUGCGUAUCGCAGCGCUGAUGGCUCAAACAACAACCCUACCCUUCCCUGGCUUGGAGCAGCCAACACACCAUACGCUCGCUCGAUCGCUCCUUUGACCAUUCAGCCCGGCGGAUUGCCUGACCCAGGCCUUGUUUUCGAUUGUCUUUUCGCUCGUGAGAAGUUCACUCCUCAUCCGAACAAGGUUUCUAGUCUUUUCUUUGACUGGGCGUCUCUGAUCAUCCACGAUAUCUUCCAAACCGAUUACCGAAACCCCCAUAUGAACAAGACCUCGGGUUACCUCGACCUGUCUAUUCUGUACGGUGACGUCCAGGAAGAACAGGACUUGGUCCGAACGCAUCAAGGUGGCAGAUUGAAGCCAGAUGCCUUCUCUGAACCCCGUCUCCAGGCCUUCCCCCCGGCCUGCUCGGUGAUGCUGGUUAUGCUGAACAGAUUCCAUAACCAUGUUGUGGAGCAACUUGCCGAAAUCAACGAGAACGGUCGCUUCAAUAAGCCUGGCUCCAACCUGUCCGAGGAGGAUGCCAAAAAAGCAUGGGCGAAAUAUGACGAGGAUCUUUUCCAGACUGGUCGACUUAUCACUUGCGGUCUUUACAUCAACAUCACCCUGUACGAUUACUUGCGCACGAUCGUCAACCUGAACCGGGUCAACAGCACUUGGUGCUUGGACCCCCGCGCACAAAUGGAGGGUGCCGGGACUACUCCAUCUGGGCUCGGCAACCAGUGCUCCGUCGAGUUCAACCUUGCCUACCGCUGGCACUCUGCCAUUAGUGCCAACGAUGAGAAGUGGACCGAGGAAAUCUACGAAGAUCUGAUGGGAAAACCCGCCGAGGAGGUUUCUGUCCAGGAGCUCUUGAUGGGGCUCGGCAAGUACGAGAAGAGCAUGCCUAAGGAUCCUUCCCAACGCACAUUUGCCAAACUUGAACGUCAGGAAGAUGGAACUUUCAAGGACGAAGAUCUUGUUAACAUCUUGUCCAAUGCAAUUGAGGAUGUUUCCAGCGCUUUCGGUGCUCGCAAUGUUCCGAAGGCACUCAGGUCCAUUGAAAUCUUGGGUAUCCAACAGGGCCGUCGUUGGAACGUGGGCUCUCUCAACGAGUUCCGCAAGUUCUUUGACUUGAAGCCUUACGAGACCUUCGAGGAUAUCAACUCGGAUCCCGACGUUGCCGACUCUUUGCGUCAUCUGUACGAGCACCCGGAUUUCGUGGAGCUGUACCCUGGUAUUGUUGCGGAAGAAGCCAAGGAGCCCAUGGUUCCUGGUGUUGGCAUUGCUCCUACCUACACCAUUUCCAGGGCCGUCUUGUCUGAUGCCGUGGCCCUUGUCCGUGGCGAUCGCCACUACACGAUCGACUACAACCCGAGAAACCUGACUAACUGGGGAUACAAUGAGUCCCGGUAUGACCUCAACAUCAACCAGGGCUGCGUGUUCUAUAAGCUGGCCACGAGAGCCUUCCCCAACUGGUUCAAGUCCGAUUCGAUCUACGCUCACUACCCCAUGACUAUCCCCACCGAGAACCGCAACAUCAUGAAGAACCUUGGCAGAGAGUCGCACUACUCCUAUGAGCGGCCCAAGUUCACGCCGCCCCAUGUGAACCUGGUCUCUUACCCUAAUGUGAAACUGGCUCUGGAGCAAGAAAAGGACUUCCGUGUUGUUUGGGGCGGAGCCACUAAGCUCAACCCUGGUAAGGGUGGAAAUGAUUUCUGGAGCAAGUCUCUGAACAACGACCAGUGGCGCAAGAACAUUAAAGAGUUCUAUGAAGAUGCGACUACCACCCUUCUCCAGGACAAGUCAUGCAAACUCGCAGGAAUUAGACAGAUUGAUGUCGCGCGAGACCUUGGAAAUCUGGCACCGAUUCACUUCGCCUCCAAACUCUUCUCCCUGCCCUUGAAGACAAAGGAGAAUCCUCGAGGUGUUUUCUCUGAGCAUGAGAUGUUCAUGAGCCUGGCUGUGAUUUUCACAAGCGUCUUCUUUGAUGUGGACAAGAUGAAGUCAUACCCCCUGCAUCACGCGGCGAACGCUGUUUCCCAGCAGCUGGGCCAGGUCAUCGAGACCCAUGUCAAGUCUAUCAACUCUCCUGGCUUCCUUUCUGCGAUCAUCGACAGCUUCACCGAUGAUCACAAUGUCCUCAAGGAUUACGGUGACCAGCUAAUCAAGCAGCUCCUGGAGACCGGUCUGGGCGUCUCUGAGGUUGUGUACGGCCAGAUCCUGCCCACGGCUGUCUCUAUGGUGCACAACCAGGCACAAAUGUUUACUCAAAUCAUCGACUACUAUCUUUCCCCCGAGGGCAAGAAGCAUCUGCCUGCGAUCAACAGCCUGGCCAAGCAAGAAGGCAAGGACGCAGAUGAUAAGCUGACUCGCUACUGCCUGGAGGCCUUCCGUCUCAAUGGAACCUUCGGCUCCUACCGGGAGGCGCAGAAGGACUUCACAGUCAACGACGUGAACGGACCCGUUCACAUCAAGGCGGGAGACACCGUUUUCGUCGGCGCUGUGAAAGCCAACCGGGAUCCCCAGGUCUUCCCUGAUCCCAAUGAAGUACACCUGGAUCGCCCGCUGAACUCCUACAUCCAGUACGGCCUUGGCGCUCAUACUGGACUGGGCAAGGAAGCCACGCUGCUGGCUCUCACGGCGAUGCUGCGUGUGGUCGGCCGUCUGGACAACCUCCGCCCUGCCCCGGGAGCGCAGGGCCAGGUGAAGAAGAUCUACAACGAGAGUGGCUACUACGUCUACAUGCGGGCCGACUGGGGCAGCUACUCGCCUUUCCCAACCACCUUUAAAAUCCACUUUGAUGGAGAGCUUCCCACUCCCAAGAAGCGAGUGAACUGA